GCCGCAGAGUCACAUGACGGUGCGGGGCUCGACGCGGGGCUCGACGCGGGGCUGGUGCUGUUUGCUGCAGGCUCCGGGCAGUCGCCAUGCCUACAACACAGCAGUCACCGCAGGAUGAGCAGGAAAAGCUCCUCGAUGAAGCUAUUCAGGCUGUGAAGGUUCAGUCAUUCCAGAUGAAACGAUGCCUGGAUAAAAACAAGCUUAUGGAUGCUCUGAAACAUGCCUCUAACAUGCUUGGUGAACUUCGAACAUCUAUGUUAUCACCAAAGAGCUACUAUGAACUUUAUAUGGCUAUUUCUGAUGAAUUGCACUAUUUGGAGGUCUACUUGACAGAUGAAUUUGCCAAAGGAAGGAAAGUGGCAGAUCUCUAUGAACUUGUACAGUACGCUGGAAAUAUUAUCCCAAGACUCUAUCUACUUAUUACAGUGGGAGUUGUUUAUGUCAAGUCAUUUCCUCAGUCCAGAAAAGAUAUUUUGAAAGAUUUGGUAGAGAUGUGCCGUGGUGUACAGCAUCCCUUAAGAGGUCUCUUUCUUCGAAAUUACCUCCUUCAGUGUACCAGAAACAUUUUGCCUGAUGAAGGAGAGCCAACAGAUGAAGAAACAACUGGAGACAUCAGUGAUUCUAUGGAUUUUGUACUACUAAACUUUGCAGAAAUGAAUAAGCUUUGGGUGCGGAUGCAGCAUCAAGGACAUAGCCGGGAUAGAGAGAAACGAGAACGGGAAAGACAAGAACUGAGAAUUCUAGUGGGAACAAAUUUGGUCCGCCUCAGUCAGUUGGAAGGUGUAAAUGUGGAGCGAUACAAACAGAUUGUUUUGACUGGUAUCUUGGAACAAGUUGUGAAUUGCAGGGAUGCCUUGGCUCAAGAGUAUCUUAUGGAGUGUAUCAUUCAGGUCUUCCCUGAUGAAUUUCAUCUACAGACCUUGAACCCUUUUCUUCGAGCCUGUGCUGAGUUACACCAAAAUGUAAAUGUGAAAAACAUAAUCAUUGCUUUAAUUGAUAGAUUAGCUUUAUUUGCUCACCGUGAAGAUGGACCUGGAAUCCCAGCAGAUAUUAAACUUUUUGACAUAUUUUCACAGCAAGUGGCUACAGUAAUACAGUCCAGGCAAGACAUGCCUUCAGAAGAUGUGGUGUCUUUACAAGUGUCUCUCAUUAACCUUGCCAUGAAGUGCUACCCAGAUCGUGUGGAUUAUGUUGAUAAAGUGUUAGAAACAACGGUGGAAAUAUUUAAUAAGCUAAAUCUAGAACAUAUUGCUACCAGCAGUGCAGUUUCAAAGGAGCUUACAAGGCUGCUGAAGAUACCUGUUGACACCUAUAACAACAUUUUAACAGUUUUGAAGUUAAAGCAUUUUCAUCCCCUCUUUGAGUAUUUUGACUACGAGUCCAGAAAGAGUAUGAGUUGUUAUGUGCUUAGUAAUGUCCUGGAUUAUAACACCGAAAUUGUCUCACAGGACCAGGUGGAUGCAAUCAUGAAUCUAGUAUCAACGUUGAUUCAAGACCAACCAGAUCAACCUGUGGAAGACCCGGACCCUGAAGACUUUGCUGAUGAGCAGAGCCUUGUGGGAAGAUUCAUUCAUCUUCUGCGGUCAGAUGACCCUGAUCAGCAAUUCUUGAUUUUAAACACAGCACGGAAACAUUUUGGAGCUGGUGGGAACCAACGCAUUCGAUUUACACUCCCUCCCUUGGUAUUUGCAGCAUAUCAACUGGCUUUUCGCUACAAAGAAAAUUCCAGAGUGGAUGAUAAGUGGGAGAAGAAGUGCCAGAAGAUUUUUUCAUUUGCACAUCAGACUAUCAGUGCUUUAAUCAAAGCAGAAUUGGCAGAGCUGCCUCUACGGCUUUUCCUUCAGGGAGCUCUAGCUGCUGGAGAAAUUGGUUUUGAAAACCACGAGACAGUGGCAUAUGAAUUUAUGUCCCAGGCAUUUUCUCUGUAUGAAGAUGAAAUCAGUGAUUCUAAAGCCCAGCUGGCUGCCAUCACCUUGAUCAUUGGGACAUUUGAGAGGAUGAAGUGCUUCAGUGAGGAGAACCAUGAACCCUUAAGGACUCAGUGCGCCUUGGCAGCUUCCAAACUGCUCAAGAAGCCGGACCAGGGCCGGGCUGUGAGCACAUGUGCCCAUCUCUUCUGGUCUGGCAGAAACACAGACAGGAAUGGAGAAGAGCUUCAUGGGGGCAAGAGAGUAAUGGAAUGCUUGAAGAAGGCUCUGAAGAUAGCAAAUCAGUGCAUGGAUCCCUCGUUGCAAGUUCAGCUUUUUAUAGAAAUUCUGAACAGAUACAUCUAUUUUUAUGAAAAGGAAAAUGAUGCGGUGACAAUUCAAGUUUUGAAUCAACUUAUCCAAAAGAUAAGAGAAGACCUUCCAAAUCUUGAGUCCAGUGAAGAAACAGAACAGAUUAACAAACAUUUUCACAACACCUUGGAGCAUUUGCGCUUGAGGAGGGAAUCACCAGAGUCUGAGGGGCCAAUUUAUGAAGGUCUUGUACUUUAAAGAGAAGAAACACAGAAACACUGUACUUCUUUCCAUUCACAUACAGUAUGUUUUUUUAUUAUGCUAGAUUAUUCCCCCACCCCCACCCCCAUAGAUUGUGCCUUUCAGAAAUGCCAAGUUAGGUUAUCUUUCUCUUAUCUGUGAUAUAUUUUAUUCAGCACCUGCAGACACUCACCUUCAGGACCUUAACAAAUUAAUUCGCUUCACAGGUAUUCAAGUUGGGACAUCACAUGUCUGUCUGAUCACCAGAAGCAGCAUGAUUGAAUUUUUUUUUUUUAAAUUCCUCUGAUCUUCAAGUCUCUUCUUCCAGCUACUAAUCUUUUCUUUCUAUUUUUCUUCACUGUUGUUGCUUCUGUAAUUUUAUUCAGUCCUAGGAAGUACUAACCAGGAAGUGGCUAGCGCUGUCUGUCUUUGUAUUCUAUAGUCCAUCUUGAUUUUUACAAGAGAUUUGAUUUGGGGGUGGGAGGGAUAUUGUAUGUUGAAUUCAGCUUGAGCUUUUCUUUAAAUGCAAGAUAAGGCUGUGUGUAAUAUUUCCCCUAAAACUAGAGUAGUUAAUGCAUGUUUGAGAGUUUAAAAGCUCCAUAGUUAAAACCAGAAGUUUAUAUUUUGCAUUUUUGGACAUCCACUAGGGGCCUAUAUUCGUCACUGGGCAUAUUUAUCAAGGAAAUUUUGUUCAAAUCGUAUAAAAAUAGAGAAAUUGUGAUCUAUAUAGUUUAUGUAUAACCAUUAUUGUAAAUUUAGGGGAAAAUGCAUUACACAAAUAUCAUGAUUUUGCACCAGUGAAACAAUAAAAUUGCUUUAACAGUUUAAA